AGAGUCGCUCAGUCUCUUAUAUUUGGAACAGUUUCUAUAGCUAACGCUCUCGCUUUUACUCCCAAUUUUCAAAAAGGUUUAACGGCAGCUACAAGGAUAUUUAAUUUACUUUGUCGCGUACCAAAAAUUAGGGACACCUCUGAAAAUCUAUCAGAAAAAUGGGAAAAAGGUGACAUUAACUUCUCGAAAAUACACUUCCGAUAUCCAACACGUCCCAUGGUGAAAGUCCUUAACGGACUAAAUCUUUCCAUUCUGAAUGGUAAGACUGUAGCACUUGUGGGCUCUAGUGGAUGUGGAAAAUCGACCAUAAUCCAAUUGUUAGAAAGAUUUUAUGACCCGGAAAGAGGAUAUGUAUCGAUCGACAAGCAAAACUUGGCCGACAUGAAACUAAGUUCUUUGCGGUCACAUCUUGGCAUAGUAUCGCAAGAACCAAACCUAUUCGAUCGAACAAUUGCGGAAAACAUUGCUUACGGUGCUAAUAGCAGGGAAGUCAGUAAAGAUGAGAUAAUCGAAGCGGCAAAGAAAGCAAACAUACACAAUUUUGUUUCGAGUUUACCUUUGGGAUACGAUACAAGACUGGGUGAAAAGGGGGCGCAGUUGUCAGGGGGUCAGAAACAACGGAUUGCGAUUGCCAGGGCGCUGGUUCGAAAUCCUAAGGUUUUACUCUUGGACGAAGCUACAUCUGCGCUCGAUAACGAAAGUGAAAAGAUCGUUCAACAGGCCUUGGACCAAGCUAGACAGGGUCGUACUUGCAUUACUAUAGCACAUCGACUUACCACCGUUCAAGACGCUGACAUCAUUUGUGUUGUUAAUUCCGGUAGAAUUACUGAAAUGGGUAGCCAUUUGGAAUUAAUGCGCAAAAAGGGUUUAUACGAGAAAUUAUACACGUUGCAAAUGGCACCGAGAAGGUAGCCCAUAAAAUUGCAAAAAUAUAUAUAAUAUCACACACGAUAUUAUUUAAUAGUUGGUGCAAUAUGAAAUAUUGUGUAUUAUUAAAGAAAUAAAAGCAUUUUACAUUUUUUCAUUAUAUAAAGCUGG